AUGCGGCCUCACGCGACAUACUCGGCAAUGCUCGCACCCUUCUUAUUACUGGCAUCGGCGCCAUUGGGCGUACUGGCCGCCGAUAUCCUCAAGACCAACGGCUUCAGCUCCUGUUUGGACGGUACGGGUGACAUCAAAGUCAACAAGCUGAACAUCGAAUUCGACCGCUCCACCAAGAAGGUCAAGUUUGAUGUAUCCGGCACCAACGAGGUUGAGCAGAAGGUCAUGGCAACACUCACCGUAAACGCAUACGGUCGAGAGCUGUACAACAAAGAGUUUGAUCCUUGCUCUGGCGAGUACAAGGUCGACCAACUAUGUCCAGUUCCCAAGGGUACCUUUGGUGCACAGGGCGAGCAGAGCAUUCCCGAUAGCAUCAUGUCGCAAAUCCCCAGCAUCGCCUUCAACAUACCCGACAUCGACAGUCAAGCCAAGUUGCAGCUCAAGGCCAUAGACGGAGGCAAAGACCUAGCUUGUAUCACCUCACAAGUCAGUAACGGACAGUCGCUGUCGACCGCAGGCGUACAAUACAUUGCCGCUGGAAUUGCCGGAGCUGCCUUGGCCGUUACUGGACUGGCUUCGCUCGCUGGUGCUGGACAUGCUGGUGCCCCACAGUCCAGUCCCACCUUCGGCGACGUUAUCGGAUGGUUCCAGGCCAUGGCUUUGAACGGCAUGAUGAGCGCUGACGUUCCCGGUGUAUACCGCAGCUGGUCCCAGAACUUCGCCUUCAGUACCGGUCUUAUCUAUUGGGAGGGCAUGCAGCACUCUAUCGACAACUUCCGUGCGAGCACUGGCGGCAAUCUCACUCAGAGCAGUGUCGAAUUCCUCAAGAACGCUACCCUCGUACAUGUGGACCAGAACAUGACCUUGACUAAGCGCAGCUUCGACCUCCUAUUCGCUCGCGACGAAUUGAAUACGGACAUCAACGGUACUGCCGAGGAGGAUGGCGACAACAAGGUUAUAGUCUAUGCGAAGAACAUGCAGGGCUUCAUCCAGGAGUAUACAAUUCCUGACCGUAACGCCUUCAUGACGGUGCUGCUUAUCUUUGCCAUUAUCAUCGCCGCCAUCACCGUCGGUAUCCUUCUCUUCAAGGUCAUCCUGGAAACCUGGGCCCUGUUCGGCAGCUUCCCGAAGAAGUUGACUAGCUUCCGUAAGCGAUACUGGUGGACUCUGGCCAAGACUAUCACCAACUUGAUCCUCCUACUUUAUGGCAUCUGGGUUCUCUACUGUGUCUACCAGUUCAAAAACGGUGACUCAUGGGCUGUCAAGACACUUGCUGGUGUUACUCUAGCCGCAUUCACUGGAGUCCUGGCUUUCUUCACCUGGAAGAUCUGGAGCACUGCGGACAAGUUCAAGAAAAUGGAGGGAAAGCCCGAUGCUCUUUACGAGGACAAGGAGAUUUGGCGCAAGUACAGCAUGUUCUACGAGAACUACAAAAAGAGCUACUGGUGGAUCUUCGUGCCGGCUAUCGUCUUCCUGUUUGCUCGUGGUUGCGUUAUCGCUGGAGCAGAUGGCCACGGUCUCGCACAGGCUGCUGGUCAACUCAUCGUCGAAUCACUUCUCCUCAUCAUGCUGCUCUGGGCUCGCCCAUACACACUCAAGUCUAGCACCUGGAUCAACAUCACCAUCUCAAUCGUUCGUGUCUUGUCGGUUGUCUGCAUUUUGGUCUUCGUCGAAGAACUGGGUAUGAGCCAAACAACCAAGACUGUUACCGGUCUUGUGCUUGUCGUCGUCCAGGCUUCCCUCACUGGUGUUCUUGCUAUUCUUAUUGCCGUCAACGCGAUCAUCAUCUGCUGCAAGGAGAACCCCCACCGCAAGAAGAGAAAGGCAGCUGAGAAAGCCCGCGACCUCGACAACCUUACCCCUCUCGACGCACGAAACUCGUUGCUCAUGGAUCCCCAAGAGUACAAGCGCACAUCGCUUCCUUCGCCAUUCGGUCCCCGCACUGCUGGCUACGAUCGUGUUCCUCUCGCCGACCAAAAUACUGCAUACAACGGUCCUGGUGGUCGCUCCUUUGGAGAUGACCAAGGGCACCUACUUGCUGAUGCAUCCACUUUCGGCCGUACACCAACGCACGAGCGAAACAUCAGCCGUGACAGCAGUCCAGGGCCCGACCCGGAAGUUGGCUACCACCAACCACCUGGCUACGUCUCCAACGCCCCAUGGCAACCUCAACAACCACGAGGUAACAAUGGCGGCUACGCAUACUAA